GUAUUCUAGUUGUAGUUUUAUUGCUGAUAAAAUAAUGUGAUUUUUUUGAAAUGUUAUAUUUAGAGUUCCGCAUUGGGGCGCAUUAAAUCUUGUUAUAUUUAAUAUUAAACCGCAUUGCUGUUUCAAUUUAUAGUGAUAAAUAAAGUGUACAAGUAACGCUGCCGCUUACUUUGAUAUGAUUGUUGUCUUUCAAACAAAAUCGCAAUGGCUUGCACUGAAGAAGAUGAAGUCAUUCGUGAGACAUUUAUGGUGAAAAGAUCACAAAACAAAAAGAUAUUUACACCUGUUAACUACAAAGAACGUUGGUUUGUUCUUACACAUAAGGCACUUAUCUAUUAUGACUCCGAUGGACAGAAACGUAAGGAGCGCGGGCGCAUUUUCACGGACACAAUACAUACGGUGGAGCAGGCACAGCUGGGGGAGCUGAGCAAGCAGAUACCCGACGCCGAUAACGAAAAAACUCCCACAUACAAGUAUCCCUUCCAGGUUGGCUACACAGAGCAGAGCUCCGACUACACUUUGUACUUGGCAGCACGAGAGCACUCCGAGAGGUUGAACUGGAUACACGAUAUACGGACAGUGUGCGUGUCGAGUGUGGUCGCCCGCCGCGCGCGCUACCACCCGGGUGUGUGGUCUGCGCGCCGCUGGGCCUGCUGCGACGCCGAGCGCCGCUCCGGCCCGGGCUGCGCGCUCACCGCCGUGUGGCCGCUGCCGGAGCCCGACCUGCAGCUCCUCCUGCGAGACCAUAGCCCUGCACCCGCCGUCACACCGGUGACUGCAGUCGUCACAAUGCCUGGAGGUGGUGGCGGAACUCCCGGUACUCCAUCAGCUAAACCCAAAGAAAAAAGGAACAAAGUAGUCGUCGCCCUAUAUCCCUUCAAAGCUAUCGAGAGCGGGGAUCUGUCGCUGGAAAAGGGAGCAGAAUACGAGGUUAUCGAUGACUCGCAGGAGCAUUGGUGGAAAGUCAAAGAUGAAAAUGGGUUAGUCGGAUAUAUACCAAGUAAUUAUGUUAAGGAGAAAGAAACGAUAGGAUUACAAAAAUAUGAAUGGUUCGUGGGCGAAAUGUCGCGACAACGUGCCGAGUCUCUGCUCAAACAGGAGGAUAAAGAAGGCUGUUUUGUUGUGAGAAACUCAUCAACCAAGGGAAUGUAUACUCUCUCGCUAUUUACCAAAGUUAACCAUCCCCAAACGAAGCACUACCACAUAAAACACAACGGGCGCGGUGAGUUCUACCUGUCGGACAAACACUGUUGCGCCAGUAUUCCGGAGCUGAUCAACUACCACAAGCAUAACAGUGGCGGCCUGUGCUCACGGCUCAAGGCCACGCCCUGCGACCGACCGGCUCCACCCACCGCGGGCCUCUCGCACGAUAAAUGGGAGAUCGACCCAUCAGAGCUGGUACUCCUCGAAGAACUGGGCGCGGGUCAGUUCGGAGUGGUGCGGCGCGGCCGAUGGCGAGGCCGCAUCGACACCGCCGUGAAGAUGAUGAAGGAGGGAACCAUGUCCGAAGACGACUUCAUUGAUGAAGCCAAGGUUAUGACCAAGCUGCAGCACCAGAACCUGGUGCAACUGUACGGCGUGUGCUCCAAGCACCGGCCCAUCUACAUCGUGACGGAGUACAUGAGGCACGGCUCGCUGUUCAACUACCUGCGGCGGAGCGCGCCCGACCUGCUGUCGCCCGCCGUGCUGCUCGACAUGUGUAUACAGGUUUGCAAAGGAAUGGCGUACUUAGAAAGGCAUAAUUACAUUCAUCGGGAUCUAGCCGCGAGGAACUGUUUAGUAGGAGACGAAAAUGUUGUUAAGGUAGCAGACUUCGGCCUGGCGCGGUACGUGUUGGAUGACCAGUAUACGAGCUCCGGCGGCACCAAGUUCCCCAUCAAGUGGGCCCCUCCCGAGGUGCUCAACUACACCAGGUUCUCCUCCAAAUCAGAUGUGUGGGCAUUUGGUGUACUGAUGUGGGAGGUGUUUACCUGCGGGAAGGUGCCGUACGGGAGGAUGAAGAACUCCGAAGUAGUGGAGAUGGUGCAACGAGGACAGGUGCUUGAGAAGCCCAAGGGUUGUCUCAAUGAAAUAUAUAAUGUGAUGAGGGCGUGUUGGCGCCAUGCCCCCGACGAGCGGCCAUCUUUCCGCGUGCUCAAGGAAGAGCUCGCUCAGAUUGCUCAAACUGUACUCGCCGAUUGACUGCGUCUACUGCUCUGUCUGCUCCGCUGCCCACACUCCAUCAGCACCCACUCCCGCUCGGUAAACACCCUGCAAUCACCCAACACCCAAACACACAACACACGCAAACCACUCACCCUACCGCGUUCUCGACGCCACACUUCCCCGAUGUCACACUAGACUCAAUGACGUAUUAUAAACGUAGACACAUCCGAGCUAAACAUAUUUAUUUGCUACAUGAGAGGCAGUGAAUGUAUGGAAAGUGAGAAUUCUUAAUUUUUUUUUUAAAUGUGGUCGACUGAAAAAACACUUUUUUUUAGUAAUUCAAAAAAAUCAUGUGAAGCAUAAAGUAGCCGCUUGACAAAAAUCAUAGACAUGAUGUAUUUUAAUUAAUUGUUUAUAAACAGAAAUAUUAAGGAAAAGUGAAUUAUUAACGACCUUGUGACGUCAUCCGCAGUUAUCAGUCUGUAAACGACACUUUUUAUAGGUAAUGUUUGAAGUGUCUGUCUGGACUUCCCGACACUAUGACAUCACUAAGAUGGUGGCCAGUCCGUGUGUCAAUGCGCGAGGAAUAUAUAAUAACAGUUUCUAAAAUCAUAUUAUUUGAUCCAAAUAGUUUAAAGAAAACACCUUAAUUUGAAGAAAAUAUAACACAUAAGAACAGCCCCAAUUGAAGGACCAACUUAUACUUAAUAUGGUGUAGUGAAGUUUUGCAGAACCUAAUUAUGGAAUGACCUUCCAUGGGCGAUGUUUCCAGUAAGAUGGAGAUAUAUUAAAAAAGUGCGUACCCUUUUCUAAAUGGCAAAACUUCUGUGAUUCCACUUGUGUUGCAGGAAAAUGUGGCCGGCGGUAAUCAUUUAAGAUCAGGGGUUCAUCGAAACAACCAAAGAAUUUAACACCAGAAGAAAAUAGUUAUUUAUGCAACUGUUGUGUAAUAAGGGGUAUUAAAACACGAAUGUGGAUUUUUUUGAUAAUAGUAUCAUAUGAGUGUUUUAAUGCCUAAUUAUCAAUAGUUGCAUACAAUACUUUAUCUACACCCAGAAAAUGAAUCCUCUAAAAGAUUCUGGAACAGAACUUACUGCUAACAUUAAAACACCAGUCCUAGUAGUAACCUAAUACCAUUCAUUACUGAUUAUAUACAAAUAAAGUAAGUACACAGUGAAACAGUUAUUUAUUUUAGUAGUAAUUUACAUUUUGUAUAGUGCAAUAAUUAAAAUUCACUCGAAUAUAAUGUUCUUUUGCAGCGUUUAACACAUUCAGUGCCAUUGACACGCCUAGCGUGUCCACACUAAUUCUUAUCUGCAUGCCGCCAGCACGCCGGGCGUGCUCACCGUUUUUCAUCUAUAUCUCAAAGAUUAGACAAUAUUAUUGUCCGAAAGACUCUGAGCAUAAACUUUCUGCCGUAAGCUAAAGUAUUCUAAAGUGGUUCCAGGAUCUGAUAUUUUUUUAAGGUUCAUCAAAAAUAAUCUAUUAUGUAAUGCCGCGAACAUACCAGGCGUGUUCAUCUCCAGCAGUUCUCAAUCUUUUAUAUUAUUAGGUCAAUUUACUACAUUUAUAAUGCCAAUAAUAAAAUAUAGAAUAUUUUUUAUAAGUUAUCAUUUAUUUUAUUCCUUGGCACUUAGGUUGAACAAAAAAGAUAAAAUAAAUUGCAUAAAAUAUUUACCUAUAAUGUACCCCUUUAGGUACCUAAUUAUAAACGCUUAUCAGCUGUUGUGUAACUCGGAUCUGUUUCCUUCUCUCUCUUUCACCAAUAUCUUUUCAUUCAUCGGAAGAAGACAAAACCCUGCCCAGGAUCUAUUCCAAUGUUAUAAAGCUGAAGAGUUUGUUUGUUUGGUUGAACGCGCUAAUCUCAGGAAUAACUGGGCCCAUUUGAAAAAAUCUUUCGGUGUUUGAUAGCACAUUUAUUGAGGAAGGCUAUAGGCUACUUUUUAUCCCUAAAAAGUAAAUGGUUCCCGUAAUACGUGGGUAAAACCGCGGGGCACUGCUAAUAUUAGAUACGUUUGGCGAUCGUUUAUAAAUAAAGUCCCUAGUAGGAAUACCAUUUACUUCAGUUGCUUGCCAAUUAUUUUUUUGGUAAUAAAACAAACCCGAGUGUCAUAAAAGAUUAGGUGAGCCGCACAUUGGGACGUUACCAUGCCUGCCGUAAGGUCUGUAACAGAGAGCGCAACAGGCGGCGUCCUAUUCCCACGUUUUAUUGCACCACGGGCAGCAAGUCUUUAACAUUAGUAUAGCUCCUUACAUCAGUGUUCGAAGUGUUCGACAUCGGAUGUUUCCUACGAUCUCUUCCUUUCACUGGAUUUACGUUUAUACUUACGAAGACCCCGGCUUGUGUUAUUGGACCCUGUGAUUGCUUUUGCAAAGACCCCGGCUAGUGUUAUUGGACCUUGUGAUUUCUCUUGCAUAGACCCCCGCUUGUGUUAUUGGACCUUGUGAUUACUCUUGCAAAGACCCCGACUAGUGUUACUUUUGUGAUUGUUUUUACGACGAGCUCAGCUUGUCCUUGUGAAGAAUUUGGUAUCCUUACCGGCUUCGCAAGGUACAUCUUGUAGUUCUGUAAAUAUAUCUUGCGAUGAGUUCGGUGAGCUUGAUGCGUUCGCGAUGUAUUCUGAAAGCAAAUAAUGAUCAACAAUUAUUUAAAGUCGUAUAAAGUGGCUAUAACUUUUAAUAAAUGUCAUUUUUAUUAAAAAAAAACAAUUAGGCGAAAAAACCAAAAAUAUACUAACGUAACGUAACGACAUUAACUAUUCUAUGCGGACGAAGUCGCAGGCAAAAGCUAGUAUUUAAUAAACAAUAAGUUCAAAACAUUUACUGUCUCCAAAUUAAAAUCUAAACUUCUUAGAAUUGUAGACAGAUUCCUGUAACGUUUUAAACAUCUGGAGUUGAAAUGUUAUCAGCCUAUUUGUAAAACAAUAGAUGCGUCAGCAGUCAGCACGGCUUGUUUAUUGUGUUAUUAGCGAUAAUAUAUAACAGUGCAAAUAAUGUUUUCAAACACAAUCGUCGGUUUUUUAAGAAUCUUUUUGUUCCUUAAUUCUUUUGUGUAAAAUUGAUGCGGUUAAUUACUUGCGGUGCUGCUUCAAAAACCUUAUGAAAUACGUUAAUAUUGACAAUAUAAUGUGCUAUCUAUAGGUACCUGCAUAUCAUAAAGUAGGUACCAGGUACCGACCGAAUGAUUUACAAUUUAACACUAAUCCACUACGUCACAAUAAGUGCACUAAAAGUUUUAAGACAAGAUAAGAGAAAUAUGUUAUCGGCUCACCUCCUACUUUUGGGCGUUUUUGUGAGGGUGGGCUAUCUGCUUGCGUCGCAUCAUCAUCAUAUUCCACUGUUUCUUGCACAUAUUUUGUUUUCCCUAAAAAAUCAUAAAUAAGUAACCAAAGGUUGAAAUUCACUGAUCAAAUUACGAUAAAUACUUACCUUGGAAUCUACUAACUGCCAUAAUUUAACUUUCAAAAGCACAAACACUGCUAAAAACAAAAUAUCUCUUCAGUAACUCGAGAAAGACUGAUCAAUAAACACGGUUGAAGCCGAAAUAACGCUUUCUUUGAUUUUACCUCUUAACAGUGCCGGUGAACACGCCUAGCGUGCUACGUAAUUCCAUCCUGCAGUGCCGCGAGCACACCUAGCAUGUUUGCGUUUUUUAUAGGGCGGCAUCGCUGGGAAGUAUUAGAAAAUCGUGGUGGCAUUGAAUGUGUUAAAAUGAAUCGCUCAUUUUUUGUAAACAAAACAAUAAAAAUAUCGAAGAAAAAUGGCGGGGAUUCGAAUAACCUACUUUAUUUUACGGCGCGCGACGUUCUGGUAGUGUGGAACGCGCGUAAACGAAAAUGUUCUUUUUUUGAAAUUCAUACAGAUACUACGCAUCAAGCAAUAAGAAUGUGGCUGUUUGUUGAAACUCUGCGCAUGAAGGGAUAAAAAAAACAUAAGAGUGUUGUUAUGAAAUUCAGUACAACAUUACAACACUCUUUUGGAUGAUGUAAUGGUUAUUAGAACAUUGGGUGUUUUAAUGUUGGCAAUAAGCUAACUGUUUCAGAAUCUUUAAUAGAGGAUUUAAAGCAUUGGUGUAGAUAAAGAAAUUAAGUACAUAUUAGUUUAGUCUUACAAAUUAAUUGUUUCAAACAUUAAUUAUUGAAAGACUUGUAACAUACAAAAUAAGAACAAAUUUUUGACAAAAUAUGUUUUUGUAUAUUUUGUCAAAAAGAUUCUGAAAUACAAUUGAAAGUGAUGAAACAUUUAAAUCAAGUUUGGUUAGUUAGUAGUUACCCAUACAGAAAUAAAACACUUGCACAUAAUAUCUGUAAUACCCAUACCAAUACUCCAAACACCUUCCCUACGUCUCAGGCAGGGCAAUUUAGGUUUAAGCUAAGAGUACAAGCGAAUAUGCAGUAGAAUCACAUAUCGGCUAAUAUGAGUCAAUUUUAGAGCAGAGGUUAUAUUUUGUAAACAUUAUUGAAUGAUGAUAUUGUUUCAUAUGAUUUCAAAAGAACUGAUCUGGUAAUCUCAAUUGAUAAUUAUUCUAAUGACAAACACUCAUUGCCACCGAUGCAUAAACCAUCAAUACGCUAGGAACAGAUGCUAGUAUCCUAUUACUUAUCUAUAAGGGCACACUAUGCUUAAUUUUUUAUGGAAUCAAGUGGUGGAAUGGUAAUAUGACGUGGUUUGGCGACAAUAAAAGUAUGUUUGCAGUGUUUCCCCAGAACACUGACAAACACUGCUCAUACAUUGAGUUGUAUUGCUACUAGUAUCGGUACCGGUUAUUGAUCAUUCGAUGAACUACACAAAUGUCUUAAGAUUUAUGUCACCGACGGCACCGAGUUUUUGACAUUAACAUAGUGAACUAUCUAUAAUAUUUGAUAUAAGAAUACAUUUACUGAUGUAGGCACAUUGAUUGUAAUUAUUCUUGCAAAUAAUGUAUUUUUCUUUAGUGAAUGAUGGCCGUCCAAUGUCACACUGUCCACAUUAAAAAAGACGCUUUUUAACAGUUCAAACUAUCACCUCUCUAUAUAGUGUAGGGAAUAAAGGGAGAGGCAGCAAAUAGAGGAAGAGAGGAAAGAGAUCUAGUCGCGAAGAAAAUGGCCACAAAAUGUUUAAAUUCAUGAUAAACUAGCAGCUAUGUAAAUUAAUAAUAAUGGUACUUCAAGGUCCAAUAAAAUUAACUCUGCAAUAUUUUAUUGGAAGUAAGAUCAGGGUCAUUUAUGUAUCAAAAUACAUUGUCUGGAUUUAAUAAAUAUAAUAGGAAAUACUCCAUUGAGCCUUAUAAUGCAGACUAAAAUUGCAGCUUAGAAUAUAUCUGUUGGUAGCUAUGCUGUGAGCCAUCUUAAUAAUAAAUGAUUUGCUUUAUCAGAAAAUGUUAACUUUAAGAACAUUAAACAUUCUGUACAUUGCUCAUGUCAUAUCAUUACUUAAUAAUAUAUUAUAUGUAAAUAUUAUAUAAAUGUUUGUAACCCAACAGUAUUGAUGAAAUUCUUAGGAUGUAUGCUUAACGGAAUUGCGUAACAGGAAUUGGUUUCUCAUUAGUGAUAAAUUUAUUUUAAUAACGUUUACUAGGCAUUCCUUUUGAUGUAACAUUCAAUAUGAUUUGUGAUUUUUAUAAACCUAGUCAUACUUUAGAUGGAGCGAUAAUUGUGUAUUUUCAUGUCUACGGAGUUAAAGUCAGCAGUGUAUUGAAAUAGUAUAGAUACAUAACAGGCCAUGUGCCCGGCAUAAAUUAUGUGAGGAUAUUAUUUGAUUCUAUUUCAAAUUGUACGAUAACUCACCUAGAAAGGUGAACAUUUUCAAAAUGCGUUUAUUUAGUUGAGACUUUAUUUAUUUAGCAAUUUUCGUAAUUUCUUUAUUUUUGAGUAAUAAUCCGCUAUUUCUUUUUUUAUCUCAGUUUUCUCACAAUUUCACAUAUUCCUGCGAGAAAAACACCUCACGUAAUUGAUGGAUGCCCCCAUAUAUGUUACUUGUAAACACUAUUCAAAAAGAUUUGAACACAAUCCUGCAGUUUUGUGAUACUAACAUCCUUUGUUGAAUUAGGUAUUUGUGACUAACGCGUGUCAUAUAUACAUUUGAAUGAUACUCUUUUUAAAAACAUUACUAACUUAUUUUGUUAAAUUAACAUUAUUUAUUUGAAUCCCGAAAUGUUUAUUUUUAAAUCAGUCUGAACACUACAAUAAUUUUUAUGAAUAAAAUUUGAAAAACAACAAAAUUUUAUUUGUGUAUAAAUCCUAGAAGUGAGGGUUAUCACUUUAAAAACAUAACAAAUAUUUUUUUUUUCAUGCUGAUAAAGAAUUAAAAUUUUGUUGUAACACGCGCGAUGUUAGAUUAUACCAUUUAGAGUGAUUUUCAGCGGAGCGAAACUCAAAAAAGCGAUUCACUCGAUUGUAUGAAACGUGCAGUAAUUGAUAGAUGACGGCUAUAAUCUUGUAAAAAACGGAGAUAGCCGAAAUCCACUACGUUUUAAGCAACUGUUCACUUUCAAACUUAGACGGAUUGUUCGUCGUCGCCGUAAUCUUGGUGACGUUUUAGACAACCGUUUCUUUUUGAAACUUGCCGGAUUAUGCUUCAUCGCCAUAUUAUAAUUUUUAUUUCAAACUUAUGUCAAAUCUCACUGCACUUUUCAUUCUAAACUAAAUUUCAAUUUUUACUUGUGCAGUUAUUACGUAGUAUUUACUUUUUGAAGUAACCUUAUUUAGGGUGUUAGUGUUAUAAAUCUGCAAAGGAAAUAUUGUUUCACAUGUAACUGUCAACAUUUUGUUUCUGUCAACGUCAAUUGGCGAUCUUAUGUGGCCGUCAUAUAUUAUUUUAAUAGUUAUGUCAAAAUAUUUACACAGAAUAUUAAUUUGUAUUUGCUGUACGAAAUUGCUUACAGCUGAUUCUCUGAUUAAUGAUUUAUUGAUUAAGAAAAAUGCGACUGAAUAAUAUUAAUUUGCUUUUAUUUUUAAACUUCGAUAGAAAGUUAAGUCGAACAUUGAUCUUGUUCGGUAGCGAUCUGAGUUUAGCUACUAUUGUUUGUAUAUAAUAAGUUUGUUGUAUUACAAUUAGUUAAUUACAAUCUGUAUUGAAUGUAAUAUUUGUUAUCUCGAUUUUUUGUACCAUUAACUGCAGAAUGUAUAGCAAUCAAUGCAGUGUAAUUUUGCUUUGAAUUUGUACAGCUACUGUUUACCUACUUAUUAAUUUGUAAAAUUUUAAUAAAUACGACAUACACAA